AUGGUCAAGGGAACUCUCGCUCUUCUGGCCUUGGCUGCUCCGGCCUUCGCUGGUGUCAUUGAACGUGGCGAAGGAAAGGGCUGGGGGGGGCAUGAGGAUAAGCAUUCUUCGUCUCCCCAUGCGAAGCCCACUACUGAGCCGUCCACUUCGACCACUUCUACCUCUUCGACUGCUACUUCGGAGACUACUUCUUCCUGGGAGGAGACGUCCACUUCGACCACUUCUACCUCUUCGACUGCUACUUCGGAGACUACUUCUUCCUGGGAGGAGCCGUCCAGCUCCCGCCACCACAACCACCACCACAAGCCAACUGAGACGCUUGUCACUCCUAGCAGCCGCUCUGUUCCGGGUACCACAGUGAUCAACUCGACUCCCUGCACCUGGGCCACCAUCG